GCGAGCCGGACGUCAGACCUCUGGUCAAAAAAGUGGAGCAAACCCCUGCUGUCCACUUUCCUUUGGAACUGGGCACUUCCAGUGUAAAACAAAGACUUUUGUCUGCUCAGCGAUUGUUCUAGUAAUGGCAGAUUUGGUUCUGCAAGAUGGUCUUACUGGGGAGCAGGGUAAAAUGGGAGGCAGACAUCAGACUAUUAGAUGGACACAGCCGUGCAUCAGACAACCAAAGGACAGAGAGCCGAAGAAGUGGGCCAGGUCUGUACAAGGAAUACAAUCCAAGGUACCAAAGACUCACACCUCACCUGUAAAUGCAGCGAGGGAGAGGAGUCGAGUAAGGAACCUACGCCAGGCUUUUCAGAGCCUUCAGGCCGCCCUGCCAUCAGUUCCUCCAGACACCAAACUCUCUAAGUUGGACGUGCUGGUCCUGGCUACCAAUUACAUUGCCCACCUUACUGAGACGCUGGAACAGGGGGAAACUACAGUGUGUGAACAUCAAACACUGCACAGAGCUGAAGGAUACCUGCACCCUGUCAAAAAGUGGCCAAUGCGUUCUUUACUUUACUGUGGGACCAUUGGAGAGCGACUGACAGGAGCAAACAGUCAUCAUGAGAAUCACCAACCAAUCAGUUCUGCUGAGGUUAAAGGAGAGUGAGCUGCCAGAGAUACUCAUACCAAAAAUAAGACUUGCAAAUAGGUUUGGAUUUAAGUAUUAAUGGACAUGUGGAUUUAUUUUAUUCCAUUCAUUAAUAACUGCUUGAUCCUGAUCACGGAUGGUGGAUAAAUAAAUUAAUAAAUCUAGAUAAGCUAAAGAAAUUGUCAAUGGAUUAUAGUAGCACUUAUCUUUGUUUCUUACAUCUACAUAAUGGAGUGAUUCCCACAAUCAGACAUCACAAUUCCUGGUACUAAAAACAACAACAACAACAUACAUUAGUUAUAGGCAGGGGUGUAGGAACCAGGGGGAUCAGGAGAGAUGCAUUUGCUACUGUGGGGACGCAUGUGCAGCUGAAAAUUA